GCGAGAGUCGCAUCUUAGAAGUCCCUGUACAGCCAGGAGAUCCAGUUUUCAAUCACACAGUUACCGUCCGAGUUCGGAUUUUCGACAUCUAUGGAGAUUAUGGACAAUAUUCUUCAAAUAUUACAGUAACGCCUUAUGUUUCCACAAUUGAGUCCUCGUUUCAAAACUUUGAUUCAAAGUUCAACAAGUACAAUCUGUCAGGAAAUGACAUUCAGACCUUGAAUUUAUUGGGAGCUGUUGCAGCCGGUUUCAAACGAUUUCCCUUUAUUGACCAAACAACAUCUGAAGUAGAGGUAAACGGUGAUACAGAGUCCAUUAAUAUCGACACAUCCGGAGGGGGACCUGUGUUUGUUGUUUAUCAAGAGAAAACUGUGAAGCUUCUUCAGCUGGUCAAAAGCAUUGUUACCCCUGGCUGUACAAAUUCCAUCGACAGAUUCAAAUUAACAGACAUACAGCAGAUCUUCAGCACCUUUGAUGCUCUGACUCGCUUUGAACCGUAUUUGUCUUUGGAGGGAGUGAAGAUAAUGGUGGUCAUUGUGGACACUGUAAUUGAUUGUUUGGAAUAUGGCAGCAGGAGAAAUCCUUUAUCUCCGACGGCAGUAGAAAGUUUAUCAGAUAUUGCUAUUGUUUAUCAUCGUGUAUUGGACAAUGUCUUGAACAAGAUGCUACCGAGGAAACUUCAGAACUUGGAUGUAGAACUUUCCGAAGAUGAUAUAAGAGCGGAAAUCAUGUUGCACAUCAAGUUCUUUCUACAAGAAACCAGCCUGUUAAAACAAAAUCAAAGAAACAUAACUUUAGACUAUCAAAGCAUAAAUAGACAAGUCGAUUUUAUUUAUCAAAUACAAGCACAUGAGCGACAGUUUCAACUUCAGCAGAGAGAAACGGCAAGAAAAUGUAUCCCAAUUAUAAAACAAAUCCAGUCCGUCUUUUUAAAUGUCAUGCAAAAAACUAUUGUUUUGGGCGAACGAUUUUAUUGGAAUGCUAAUCAUGUACUGGAAAUAAUGAUCAGGAAGAUCCCCUUCAACGAUCUUGAAAAUGUCACAGAUGAGUUUUUUAGACGUGUACAUGAAGUGAAUGACUCAAUCACCCAUGCAUCCUACCUGGAAUUUGCGGUGUCUAACUACUUAAGAAACCCCUACAUAUAUGGAGAGAAUGCAACCAAGGCCACUUCUUCCGUUCCAGUGAUUAAUAUUCCUCAAAACAUAUCUGUGGACACCAAUAUUCCGAAUAAAGGGAAUCUGGAAUUUAAGAGAUAUAUUCCUCUGAUCAAUCCACGAUAUCCAGAACAGAUGAUUUAUUUUGCUUUUGAAAUAAUAAAUGGUGGAGAUGCAGUGCUCAUCUACAUCAAACCUGAUGAAUUUGACUUCUUGGGUCAUCAAGAGGUGCCUUUAUAUUCGUUUUAUUUUAGUUCAGCUACUUUUCCAAAAUCUGAUUUGUUUGAUUACAAGAAGGUGCUUGGUGUCGAUGAUUGGACAGGAUAUGGAUUUAAGGUGUUUCUUCCAGGAGGUAUAUGUGGGGAAGGACUGUGUUAUCUUGGCAUAAAACCACUCACAGGUAAAUUAUGCGCCUACUGAUUGAUUGUAAGAAAAAGGAGAGCAGCAGAACAAGCAACUAUUGAACAACCAGAGAACACGACCUCCAAAUUUAAUGCUUCGGAUUUUGUCCUAGCUGAGGCUAACUUCAGUAUGAUAUUUACAACAACAGGAUGUAGAACUUGGGAAAAAGGAAACAACUCAUGGACAAUGGAGAGAUGUCUGGUGCUGCCGAUGAGUGAUUUGAAUAACACGGUGUGUCGGUGUGUUGGCGAUACCUUUUCUACAUCCUUCUAUGUGCCAGCUAACGUAAUCGAUUUUCUAACAGUUUGGAGUAAAUUCGACGGCUCAAAUGCUGCAGUAUAUGGCACACUGACUGCUGUCUUUGUUAUUUAUAUAUUAAUAGUUAUUGUGCUUCGAAUACAGGAUAAAAAAGACUAUCAAAGGCAGGUGGUAACAUUCCUCUGCGACCAUGACACAAGGCAUACGUACUUCUAUAUGAUAAGUGUAUACACUGGAUUCCGGAGAGGAGCGGGUACUAAAUCUAAUGUAUAUUUCAUACUCACUGGUGAUGAUAAUGAUUCAGGAAUUCGUCUCCUACAUGACGGAAUUCAAGAGGGAUUUUCGACAUCAAGUGUCAACAUGUACUUUUUUGGAACCAAUGCACCACUGGGAGAUUUAAUAUACAUGCGGAUAUGGCAUGACAACUCUGGGUCAUAUGGCUUUAAAAGUUGGUUUUUAAGCAAAAUUACAGUCGAUGACUUGGAAAAGCAAGAAAGAUAUACUUUCCAUUGCAACAAGUGGUUAGGUGUUGAAGAUGAAGAUUGCUUGUUGGAUCGCAUUAUUCCAGUAUCAACCCCAGACACAAUUUCUUUUAAUGAUCGUAUAUCUUUGGAAGUUCAAAGCUUAAUGUCCGUAUAUCAUUUAUGGCUUUCUUUGCUCUUUCACCCACAAGGCAAAUUCACACGUGUUCAAAGACUCUCAUGCCUUUUUGCCUUAAUCUGUCUUAUCAUGAUAUCAAAUGCAAUGUUCUUUCGAUCGUCUGAUGAAAACCAAAAUGUUGAUGAAGUAAAAUUUGGAAUUUUACGAUUAUCAUUUGGAACAUUCUAUGUAUCAUGUAUUGGAAUGCUUAUCUCAACCCCACCUGUUACUUUUGCAGCCUUUAUAUUUAGAAACAUUAGAAACUCUAAAUUAGUGGAAAACAGAAUCAACAAUCCAAGAAGUCGCAAAUUUUCUCAAUUAAGAAAAGACCGUUACAAAGUCUUUUCUAAACUUGAUGACGAGGUAUUUAUACCACACCAAGGCACUUUACCACGUUGGGUGCUUUAUAUAGCAUGGAUCAGUGUUGUUUUGGCUAUCAUUUCAUCAGUCUUUUUUCUCAUUCUCUACAGUAUGGAGUGGGGCUUAGCAUCCAACGUUUUACCAAAAAUCAAACCAUUUACCAAAGAGGAGAUUAACGACUUAAAAAGGAAAAGUCGGGAAGAAUCUCAAGCAAGAUCAGCAUUGACCAGUCUUGUCAUGUUUACAGUAUAUAUUUUUGCAAUUUAUGGAAUUGGGUUCUCACAGCGCGACCAGCGAUCUUUUAAUAUGAAGAAAAACCUGGAUAAUUAUUUACUAUCAGGAAGUCGUGGUUUCUCUGCA